AUGGAGGAGGUGACCAGUAGACACUUUUUUCGCCACGGCAAAGAGCAAUACGCCCACGAGCGCGACGACUGUCACUGGUGCCAGCUGCGACACUUCCCGACAGAUGGCAAUGCUCCCGUCACCAUUGUGAACGAAGUGGACGACCAGGCCCUCCCACGGGGCUUUCGCUUCAUCAACAGCAACGUCCUUGGCGACGGCGUCAGGCCAGCUGAUGUGAGCUUUCGCAGCGGCUGCGAUUGCCUUGACUCGACCAGUUGCCAGUUCGCAGGCUGCCAGUGCCUUGCUGAGCUCGACGAGGAGAACGAUAGCGACGACGGCAGCGAUCAUGACGAGGAUGCUGUCGAUGCCCCGAGGAGGAAAACGUACGCCUACCACAUGCAUGGCGCCAAGGCUGGCCUUCUCAGGUCGAGACUUCACAACUCCAAGGUCCCGCUCUACGAGUGCCACCAAGGCUGCUCUUGUACGACCGACUGCCCCAACCGGGUAGUCGAACGUGGCCGAGCUGUCCCGUUGCAGAUCUUCCGGACCACCGACCGUGGAUGGGGUGUCCGGUCCCAGGAAGCCCUUAAGAAGGGACAGUUUGUGGACCGAUACGUCGGCGAGAUCAUCACGUCCGCCGAGGCUGACCGCCGGCGUGACGCUGCCGCCGUGUCUCAGCGCAAGGACGUGUACCUGUUUGCGCUCGAUAAGUUUACUCACCCGGGCUCGCUCGAUCCGCGCCUUCGAGGGCCGCCUUUGGAAGUGGAUGGCGAAUUCAUGUCAGGCCCGACACGCUUCAUCAACCAUUCAUGUGACCCCAAUCUGCGAAUCUUCGCCCGUGUCGGCGACCAUGCCGACAAGCACUUGCAUGACCUAGCGCUCUUUGCCAUUCGGGAUAUUCAGCGGGGCGAAGAGCUGACUUUUGACUACGUCGAUGGAGUGUCCCAGGAUCCUGACGACGAACAAGACGGGAUGACGCCAUGCCUGUGCGGGAGCUCCAAAUGUAGGGGCUAUCUGUGGUGA